CAUCUCUCGCGAGAUCUCGGUGGGUAUAUCCGGUGCCCGCGUGCCGUCGCGCUUCCUUUCCGCCGCCCCGCUAGGCCGCAGCCCCUCGCCAUCCACCGCCAUCCGGCCCCGCCGCCGCCGCCAUGCCGCCUAAGUUCGAUCCUAACGAGAUCAAAGUCGUGUAUCUCCGCUGCACCGGCGGGGAGGUCGGCGCCACCUCUGCUCUGGCCCCCAAGAUCGGACCCCGCGGGCUGUCCCCCAAGAAGGUGGGUGAUGACAUCGCCAAGGCCACGGGCGACUGGAAGGGGCUGCGCAUCACGGUGAAGCUCACCAUCCAGAACAGGCAAGCGCAGAUAGAGGUUGUUCCUUCUGCCUCUGCUCUGAUUAUCAAAGCUCUGAAGGAGCCUCCUCGUGACAGGAAGAAGCAGAAAAACAUUAAGCACAGUGGCAGCGUCAGCUUCGACGAGAUAGUGAACAUCGCGCGGCAGAUGCGGCACAGGUCCCUGGCCCGGGAGCUCUCGGGGACAAUCAAGGAGAUUCUUGGGACCGCCCAGUCCGUGGGCUGCAGCAUCGAUGGCAGGCACCCACAUGAUAUCAUUGAUGACAUCAAUAAUGGUGCCAUUGAGUGCCCAGCUAGCUAAGGCUGCAGAAAAGAAGUUGCUGUGUGAAGGCUCCUCAAGUAUUUUGUAACACCUUAAAUACUUAAUAAAAGACCCAGUUGUCUGUAAA